AUGUCGAACGUAUCUCUUUAUAUUCUCUUCUCGCUAUUGAUAAAUGUGUCUUCUCACGGUCUUAUUAAUAAUGAUACUGCGGCGGAAGAGAAGCUUACCUACACAGACAUAGUCACUGCAACGGUAAGAAUUCUAUAUCAUUGUCGACCAAAAGAGCCUGAACUAACUUUACUGCUAGGCGGAGAUUAUAGUGAAUUUCUCAGACGAGCUUUUUUCGCUUGGGUACCGGUAGCUUUAAUAGGGGAAACGAGUCCUCGAUUUAACGCCCUCGAAAAGUUCGCCCUGACGAGAUAUUCUUACCAUAUGUACGUGAGCUACAAGUUUAUCUAUUUCCUUCGGAAAUCGCACCGCUUCGUGUUAGUGGCAUCCUCCCAACCGUUGCUGCGAUCUAUUUUGCAGAAAACAAAAGAUUCACCGUGGGCGAAUUCGGACGGAUUUUAUAUUAUAGUCGACAAGAAGACCGAGAAUCGAGGCUGUAUAAACGCUUACUCUUUUCUCUGGACAGCUUGGGAAUUCGACUUGCUCUCCGUUAUAUUUCCGUGCAUCGAUCCGGACGAUGGGAUCGUCUAUUACACAUAUAAUCCGUAUUCUAAUAAUACGCCGACCGAUUGGGUCGAAGUAGACCGCUUCAAAGGACGGAAAGGCCAUCCUUGGAUAAUAUUGAAGAAAAAAUAUGAACAUGACAAAAUAUGCAAAAAUCUGGAUUUCGAUAAAACGGCCACUUUGAAAGGCUACGAGGUCCGAUUGAACGCCGUCGAGAUGGAACCGUUUAUAAAAGUCAAUUUGAGCGCGACGGAUCUGCAGAAAUUUCGCGGCGAUAACAGCGAGAUCAUCAAGAUACUCUUGAUCAAACUGAGAGCAUCUCUGAGCGUCGACCUUCACAAUGGCAGUAUCUACGCGCUCGGCGGCAUAGGACCGAACGGUACUCUGAUAGGUUUGCUGGCCCCUCUGAGCGACGGCAGAAUAGAUAUUGGCAUGAACACGAGAAGCAUGCUUAUAUUGUGGAGAGUCAAAUACACAUAUCCCCAUUCAAGAGCAGCCCUCUGUGUGAUAGCGCAACCGAACCGAGAAAUUUCUCAGUUCACCAAGCUGAUGAAGUUCAUGUCGUCAGAAGUGAUAGUGGGAAUGGUGAUAAUGUGUCUGCUGACUUACAUAGUAUUUACGAAGAGCGAAGGUUAUGUAAAAGCCGGGUUACAAGUGAUACGACUUAUGGUCUGCGUAGGAAUUCUACAUCCAUCCAGAAUUAGCUCCACCAGGAUCUUCAUAUGCAUGAUAUUGAUCCUGUUCCUCAACAUAAACGCUCUAUUCCAAAGCCACCUGUCGGCCUUACUCACCGUGCCGGUUUAUCAUCGCGAUAUCGACAGCAUAGAAAGUAUCAGGAAAUCCGGUUACACCAUAUAUGGACCGCAACAGUUGAAAAUGUUGUUAAACGAUCCUGUAUUGGAAUCGCGUUACGUGUCGGUCACGUAUGAGGAGUGUAAGAAAUUUGUUGAGAAUUCGACGACCGCUGUGUGCUUUGGGGAAUGUCACCACUUCUACUACAGGAUCAAGGGUCAAGACCUUAUUAGAUCAAGAAAACUGAUUGAGAUGACACAAUCAUAUGUCACUCGCGAAAAUUGGCCAUUGUACCAACGGGUGAAUGAUAUUAUUCAACAGAUGAUGCAGGCCGGCUUGAUCCUUAAAUCCCGAGCCGACUUUAUCGCGGAGGUAAAACGUGAGAGAGCUAGGAAAAUUGCGAAGAUGAAAGACUUCAAAGUAAUGUUGCUGAAGCAGCUCGCGUUCAGCUUUUAUUUUCUCAUAAUAGGAUACACUUGCGCCACUAUAGCCUUCAUAUUAGAAUUAGUAGCGGGUCGAUCUGCACCCAGACCUAAGAACCAAAUGAUCAAAAAUAAUACAGAAAAGAAACAAAAAGCUGGAAUAAUCAGUAAAAUCCCGAAAAUGUUAGCUUGGAAUUAAGAAAUCAACUUUUCGUACGAUUUACUCUUGAAGCUUUUUUUUUAUAGAUAUUAACUUUUGCAAAAAAGGUAACAAAAUGCUUCAUUAGUUGCAUGUCACACAAGAUGUUAAGCUACUAUUAUUUAUAUAUAUUGUGACAUUUUCUACUAUUGUAGGGACAUUGACACUUGUAAUCACAUAAAUUUCUUGUAAACGUGUAUUGCUGAAAAAUUUUAUUGUUCUUACACAUGCAUCAAAAUCACCCGACUAUUACCUCCUCCCUUCGUAUAUCACAUUUUAUUUAAUACG